ACCUAGCUGGGCGGAGAGUCCCGUCCUGUAAAGCUGUUUGAGUUCCUCACGUGCGCGCAAUACUGUGCAAUCAGACGCGACGCGCACGAGACUGCUGAGGUCGAGCGCGCGAUAUCAAAGAUUUCAAAUAAUGGCAUACUUUGGAAUAUGGGCUUUAUGGCUUAUGGUCACUAUAAUAAGCAUUCAUGCAGACGCCUCUGCAGAAGGAAUCCAAGCUGAAUGUCUUGGAAAUAGGGUACAGUUUAUCCUCCCUGGUUCUUUGAGUGCAGGAAGUCCUUUAGAGCUUUAUGCAGUCAAUGACACACAGACAGUCCUUCUCACACCUCACCUGGCGGCUCAAUGCGGCUAUACACAGAAAUCUGAUCCUUGGGGGAAUACGAUAGUAUCAGCUUCCCUACAGAGUUGUUAUACAGAGACCAAGGAUGACAAGGAAUUUAGAGUAGCCAUGCAGUUUAAACCGUAUGAAUUGGCCACAGAAUCUAAGAAAGUCCAUGAAGUCUUCAAGUUCUGUCGUCACACCAUGACUUCACGUGAGAUUUUGUGCGAGACAAACUUCAUGGAGGUAUCCGUAAGAAAUGCGAUACCAGAAAUCCAGACAGCACCGGUACAACAGCUGCCCACAGUUAUACCUAACUUGCAACUCUGGAAAAUCCUACUGUACACGCCUGAAGAGAAGUCUUUUGAUAAAGAGACCCUACAUGCGAUGGGCUACAAUAUUCAGAAUUCUCCAACACGACUAGUCAUGCGAACACCAUACAACAUGGUCAAAACCUUUGUCCAAAAGGUUGACGGUGUUGAUAUGGUGGUGUUUAAAUCAAUGGUCUUGUUUCGUGACCGCUGGAUGAUGACUAUAGUCGAGUCGGCAGCCGCCUGUCCAAUCAAUGGAGCUUCAGUUAUCGGUCAAAUGAUUUAUUGGAAAGUUCCUCUGCUCAUAACUCCUGUGGUGUCUUUGCAAGUUGAAAUCUUGGAGGUGCACAUGGGUGUCAAUGGACGAAGGCUCACACCUGAAGAGAUGGAGAGCCGUAACUAUGCCGUGACCUUCAAAGAGUCCCAUGUAGUUGUUACGAUUCCUAUUGGGGCUGCGGAUGGAUACUACAAGAGUCACAUUCUUGAGAACCAGUACCAUAUCAGUUACACCAUAGAACCCAUGCUUGAGCUGCUGUGGAAGGAGGGCCAGGAUAAGACCACGUAUAAGGUCUUGUUCCCCAUCACCACCCCUCUGACACCAUGGCCACCCCAAGUUACACACUCCACACAACUGGAGCAGAAGGUGUUUGAUGUAAUGUUGGGUUACUUCCUACCUGAUGUGGAGCUGCUGAAUAUCACCUUUGGCUCUGAAUUGCUUGUGGUCUCAGAUAUAAUUAUUAAAGGCAUUUACCUGCAAGAGCAUAGCUUUCUGAAUGACACCAAAGCCUUUGCUCUCCGGGUUCCCUUCUCUGAACCUUAUGUCCAAAUAAAGACACUUCGCCCUGAUGUAAGAACCUACGUACUUGAUUUGGUCUUUGGUUUCGUCAUCUUGCCUGAACAUACAGCAUUUUCACACUCUGUUGUAGUAGAAGCAUCUUCCGCUGAAGUUGUCAUUCCACAAGUAGAGGGAAGUUGCAAUGAGGACAGCUUUAGCAUUUAUGUCAAAUAUGGGAGCACCCAGAGUUCCAACAUAAAGAUCCAUCUGGGACAUUUGGAGCUGAAUAAUAUGAUGUUGCAGCACUAUGAACAUCACUCAAACGAAACCCAUUUUGAAAUCGUUGUGCCAUUACUAGAUCCAGUUGUGGUUUUUGAGUCCGUUCAGAUGGCUGGAAUCAUGGGAAGAAUUGAUGUGGAAAUUUACGAUUCUUUGAAUAACUGGGCUAUAAGAAACUUCUCUCUUGCCUGCCCCUUUUUUGUAAUAUUGUCAGAGUGUUUUCCUAAUGGAACAAUGACUGUGGUGUUUCCCAAACUGGAUUUGAUGCCAAAUCUUAUUCCUGGUGAACUCACUCUGAGAGACCCGUCCUGCAAACCCACCUAUAGUCAAGACUACUAUGCUUAUUUUAACUUUGGUGUUACCACUUGUGGAACCACGCGAAAGUUUGUUAAAGAUACCAUGAUAUACGAGAAUGAAGUCACAUGGAAGAGAGAUGUACUUUUGCCAGAGACUGCACUCACGGAGCAGGAUUACAGGUUUACGGUAUCCUGCGUUUAUAUCGCAAACGCCACCCAAAGCAUGAUCUUUCAUGCUGUUUCGCACUUUAAACAGCCGUACGCAGAUGUCGAGAAGGGUGAUCACAAAGUCAGCAUGAGGCUUUCUAAGGAUAUGGUUUACCAGCUCUUCUAUCUUGAUGGUGACUACCCUGUUUUGAAGUUUCUGAAACAACCUCUAUAUUUUGAGGUUGGAAUGGAUCACUCCAGGGACUCCAAGAUAGCAGUAGUCCUGGAAAAUUGCUGGGCAACACUAUCCAAGGACAAAGAUUCUAAACCUAGAUGGAAUUUAAUAGUUGAUGGAUGUGCCAAUCCUAAAGACCCUGAACAGACCAUGUUCCAUCCUGUAAACACAGAUGACAGAGUGGAAAUCCCAGAUCACUUCAAAAGAUUUGAAGUUAAAACAUUUGCUUUCAAAGAGACUGAUGAGAGUUCUAAAAGUGAAGCUGACACCUUGGCCAGUAGGGUUUUUGUCCAUUGUGAAGUCAUUAUUUGUCAUGUUGAGGAUAGACAUUGCUACAAAGAGUGUCCGACAGUUCAGAAUCCGGAUGGAAGAAGUUCAAAAAGAGUUCACAGAAGUUCAGGCUUUUCAGAGGAAGCCCUGCAGCGUGUGUCUAUAGGCCCCAUUCUGUUGAUAUGAACCUCUAAGAUUUCUCAGGAAAUGUACUUGAGUAAUUCUGAAGGCAUCAACACAAGGAGACGUCUGGUUUUGUACACCACUUGGUGCAACAUGGAUCUUGAAUGAUGCCAUAUCUGAUGCAGAUAAUGUGAAGGUGGACGUUCUGUAUCGAAAAACACCAGUCUUGUGGAAUUACCACAAAUAGAUGUCUGUAUCAGACACUCUCCCAUUAUAAAUACUUAAUGUACAUGUUGUGAUUUGUUCACAAGGUGGCAUCUCAAGUGCAAUAAAGCUUUUCAA